GACGGGUGUCGGUGUGGCACCAGUGCGCGCUGAAGGAGCCGGCGGAACGGGGUGGUCAUGGGGAUGUGGGCGUCGCUGGACGCGAUGUGGGAGAUGUCGGCCGAGAAGCGUAUCUUCGGGGCCGUGUUGCUCUUCUCCUGGACAGUGUAUCUUUGGGAGACCUUCCUAGCACGGCGGCAGAGACGGAUAUAUAAAACAACAACUCAUGUACCACUGGAGUUAGGACAGAUCAUGGAUUCAGAAACAUUUGAGAAAUCUCGACUGUAUCAGCUGGAUAAAAGUACUUUCAGCUUCUGGUCAGGACUCUAUUCAGAGAUUGAAGGCACUCUUAUUCUUCUCUUCGGAGGAAUCCCUUAUCUCUGGAGACUCUCUGGGAGGUUCUGUGGCUAUGCUGGCUUUGGACCAGAAUAUGAGAUCACUCAGUCCUUGGUGUUUCUGCUGUUGGCUACACUUUUCAGUGCAUUGACUGGUUUGCCGUGGAGUCUUUAUAAUACUUUUGUGAUAGAAGAAAAACAUGGUUUCAAUCAGCAGACUUUGGGGUUCUUCAUGAAAGAUGCAAUCAAGAAAUUUAUUGUGACUCAGUGCAUUUUAUUACCUGUGUCUUCACUUCUACUUUACAUUAUUAAAAUUGGGGGAGACUAUUUUUUUAUUUAUGCCUGGCUGUUCACACUAGUUGUGUCUCUGGUGCUUGUCACCAUCUAUGCUGAUUACAUUGCCCCUUUAUUUGACAAAUUCACACCUCUUCCUGAGGGAAAGCUUAAACAAGAAAUUGAAAUCAUGGCAAAGAGUAUUGACUUCCCUUUGACUAAGGUGUAUGUUGUUCAAGGAUCUAAACGCUCUUCCCACAGCAAUGCUUAUUUUUAUGGCUUCUUCAAGAACAAGCGAAUAGUUUUGUUUGACACUCUACUAGAAGAGUAUUCUGUACUAAACAAAGACAUCCAGGAGGAGUCUGGCAUGGAGCCCUGCAAUGAUGGAGAAGGGGACAGUGAAGAAAUAAAAGCUAAAGUUAAAAAUAAGAAACAAGGAUGUAAAAAUGAGGAAGUGCUUGCUGUGCUAGGCCAUGAACUGGGGCACUGGAAGUUGGGACACACAGUCAAAAAUAUCAUUAUUAGCCAGAUGAAUUCUUUCCUGUGUUUUUUCUUGUUUGCUGUAUUAAUUGGUCGAAAGGAGCUUUUUGCUGCAUUUGGUUUUUAUGACAGCCAACCCACUCUAAUUGGACUAUUGAUCAUCUUCCAGUUUAUUUUUUCACCUUAUAAUGAGGUUCUUUCUUUUUGCCUAACAGUCCUAAGCCGCAGAUUUGAAUUUCAAGCUGAUGCAUUUGCCAAGAAACUUGGGAAGGCUAAAGACUUAUAUUCUGCUUUAAUCAAACUAAACAAAGAUAACUUGGGUUUCCCUGUUUCUGACUGGUUGUUUUCUAUGUGGCAUUAUUCUCAUCCUCCACUACUAGAGAGACUUCAGGCUUUGAAAAAUUCAAAACAAGACUGAGUUGCCCAGGGUCUGCAACUGAAGACAUUUCUGAUUAUUUCUGUACUGGCAGCAUGUUCUGGCUCUUAAUGUUUUUAAACAUUUUUUUUUAAAGAAAAAUUAUUAAGUAGGGAAAAGCCAAGAUUUAAAUACAUUUAAUAUCUCAUUUCAAAAAUGAUUUUAAUAAUCCAUUUCUUAAAGAAAACACUGGAUGAAAUGUUGAGGCUUCAUGUUUUUAAAGGCAUAGUUUUAUCUUUAAAAUCUAGUUUACCACCAACUUGUAAAAUUACUUGAGAAAAUACAGAACUUGUUUUAUUUACAUGCUUAUAUGGAACCUGCAUAUAAGGGGUUUGGGGGCAUAUGUUUAAAAGGGAAUACCACCUCUGAAUCCUUUCUGUAAGGCAGACACAGUGGUCCUGAAUCACUGUGUGCUCAUACCUAAGUUGAGACUUAUUUUUACUUUCAUGCUGUAAUGAUUUAAGCUGGCCAAUCAGUGUUUUAAAUAAGGAAGAAAGAUAAUAAUUGGUAAGGCUGAUGUUUUGUAAAUGAAAGUAGUUAAAAAUAUGCUCUCUCCUGUUCUAUCAAAUUUCUCUGUUCCCUCUCUUGCUAUACACUGAUCAGGAGUUUCUAAUAAUGCUUUGAAAUUAGAAAUUAUGUACAGAUGUUUUAAAUCACUGGGUUUUGGUGUUUUUUUUUUAAGCAAGUCUUUCUCUUUCUUUCCACCUGGUGGGUAUGAUCCCAUUAGGGGUAAACGAGUAUUUUUCUAAACAUUCAGCUUUUUCUCAUUCAUACUCUUGUAUUCAAUAAAUAGUGCAUCCUUUAACUUAGCAGAAAUUGCCAUGUUGAACAGGCUUUGCUAUUUUAAAAGUGGGAGAAUGUGGAAAGAAGAAGAAAUGACAUUUUAAGAGAUAUAAGAUUGAAGUACUGAUGACUCUCUUAUGAUGUUACAGGAAAAAAUAUAAUUUUCUAUCUCUUUCAAGGACAGAAGAGUUUCUGUUUUUAUUUUUCUAAUUUUUAUUAGUAAGUCAUAAGUGCUAUUUAAUCAGGCCUGAUUCCAUUUUAGAAAAUUAUAGUUCUUGAUAUGCAGACAAUUUUUAUUUUCAAAACAAAUGUCAUGAAAGAUUUCCAGUUUUUGAAGCUGCAUGUUUGACUGAUUCAAAUCUCUGUCCACUUUCUGAAUGAAACCCAACUUUGUGCCUAGAGCUCCCACCCACUGGUGAUGUGUACCUUCUGGGCAUUUAUUCCAAAGUGGGAUCAACUGUGC